AUGGCUUCCUCGACUCCCAGGACAUAUGAGUGGCUCGUGGUGAUCCCUGACAAGCCCGGCGCUCUCGCGAAGCGACUUGAAGUUCGCCCACAACAUUUUGAGGGCCUGACCAAGCUGAAGGAGUCCGGCAAAUUCAAGAUGGGAGGUGCCUUGCUGGAGGAGAUGCCGCCAGAUGAUGAGGUCUCGAGCAUGAGGUUCAGCGGGUCGACGCUCAUGGUCGUGGCAGACAGCAAACAGGCCGUCAUUGACCUGAUCAAGGACGACGUCUACGUCAAGUCCGGCGUUUGGGACCUUGAGAAGGCCCAGAUUUGGCCAGCUAAGAUCGCCUUCAGAUUUCCUUAG